AUCACUCUUUCUUUAGACUCAGGCACGGCUGAACGUUCGUUGCUAACGUUUGCUACGUGCGCUCUAAUUCGUCUUUUGUAGAUUUUGGCUGUUUCCCGCCCAACAAAAAAAAUCAAAUAAAACACAAGAAUUAAGCAAAAUAAAAAUAUACACAACUUAAAAAAUAUAUACAUACAUAUUAAUCUACAUUUAAAAUACAAAAUCACUAAGCUUAACUAGGCAAAGCAAUAGACGACAACAAGUAAUCAAAGCGAAAUAUACAAGCAUAAGUUACCAAAAAAAAAAAAUAAAGGAAAUUGCAAGAAACGGAAAAUAAAUUCAAACGGCGAGCAUCAAAUUCGCAAGUGUAACAAAAUAAAAGUAAAGAAAGACAAGACAAUUCAGCGCCCGCCAAAAAAAAGAAAAACCGAAAGAAUUCAAAUAAAAUAAAAUAAAAGCUGCUGCUAAUAUAAAGUGAAUGUGAAGUUACUACAACAGCAGCAACAACAACACAUAAAGCAGACAAUUUUUGUGGGCUUUGAAAGUGUUAGUGUGUGAGUGAGCGUGCAAAUGUGUGUGUGCAAGCAAAAGGAGCAGGAGAAGAAGGAGCAGGAUAGAUAGAUGCCGCUUCGCUACUGCAGAGCCACCAAAAAAAAAAAACGCAACACAAGAAAUCAAAGUAACGAAAGUUUUCAAGAAGUGCACAGAGGAGCAGAGAAAGACGUAGACAGCAGACACACAAGAGGAGACUGUCAAGCAAAAAAAAAGGAAAAAUAAAGAUUUAAGUAAAGAACAUAAAAUUGCAAUUUGCCAAAUAAAAAAAAAUUUGAAUUAAUCGCGAGUGCGUUGCGUGUUAUAAAAUAAAUUGAUGUAAUAUAUCAAUAUAAUUUUUUUUUGUUCUUGCUACAAUUUUUUUCGGGUGUAAAAAAACUAAUUUUUUUUGUUGUGUAAAAAAAACCCAUAACUUUAUAAGCCGACAACAGCAAUUGGAUUACAAAAAAUAAAAAGCACAGCAAAAGUGUGUGCUACAAAGAAUAUAUAAAAAGAAACAAAUCACUCUCAGGACGACACUGUAAACAUUUACAGUGUUGGUAAAUACACAAAAAAAAACUUAGAAACUAACACAGAAAUAGAAAGAUAGAAAAAAUGGCGACAAUGUGCUUUGAAAGUAUGAGCGGCUGUGAUUUUCCACACGAUUACGAAGACAGCUUCGCCGACACAUUGAAAAUGCCCCCCCUCGACGAGUCACUUUUGUUGAACGAUAACGAUAUGGUUGGCUUCGAGGAUCUUGUGUUCGUCGGCCGCAAAGAGCAAAGCAUCCGCGGGGAUGUGGCGAAAAUUGCUGCCGAACGUUCGUCAUGGAUGUUGGAUGACUUGCAUGACAUUAUUGACAUUAAACCCGAUAUACGUAAUGGCGAUUGUAUGUGGUCAUCAUUUGGUAGCGCCAACACUUGCAACAAUAACAGCAGCAGCAACAAUGGUUGCAACGGUGCCAACAACAGUGCUUGCAACGGCGGCAAUUCGGCUGCCUCCAGUUACAGUGAAAGCAGCGCUGUGCCACCGGCAAUUGUCAGUUGCAGUGGUACAAUGAUGAUCAAACACGAGAUGACCGAGGACGAUGAGGAUGAUGUGGUCGAUGAGGAUGACAAUGAUAAUGAUGACGAGGAGGAGAAUUGCAACAGCAGCAACAACAGUAACAACACAAGCAGCAACAUAUGCAGCAAUAAACUGACAACAUUUGCCACAUCCGCUAGAAUUACAAUUCGACCAAACAAAUCGGCGACACAAAUGCGCUACAAUAACCACAACACAACGUCUUACAGCAGCAACAACAAUGUGGAACAACAUAUACCGCCAGGUGCAUCAUUGUUGCGUAAGAGCAAUCCUUCGACUGCGGUCUCAGCCACCGCACUGAAACUGAAGCAACAAUAUCACUCGCUCAAUCGUCGUUCCUCGCCCAAAGAGUCGACGUUCGUCUUUCCCGAUCCACCGCAUCAGGAUAACAACAAGGAGGAUGCAUCGAUGGCACCAGUUUUUCGUCACAAUGUCGAUUUGGCCGCUUGUCUGGUGGGCAGCAACAACAUCUCGUUGACGAGCAGCAGCGAGCCAAACUAUCACAUUGAUCACAUCAGUCGCGAGUUGCAGAAUGGCAAAUCACGUUUCGAUUUGUAUCACAGCAAUUAUCAGCCACAGAUUAGCGAUGUUCUCGAUGUGAUCAGUCAACAGGUAACAGCCGAUGCUGCUGCCAUCUCAGCAUCAUCAUCAUCGGGCUCGUCAGCAUCAGCAGCAGCAACCACAUCGACGACAAUGUCACCGCCAGCGAGUAACUCGGAUUGUGAUUCCGAUGAUGGUGAUUGCUCCAUGGUGGACUCCAAUUGCGGCUCUUCGUCAUAUAUGCGUCACAUUAGCGAUCACAGCUACACGCGCAGCGAAAUGGAGACCAAUCUAGAGACGCCUUCUGAUUCCGAUGAGGAAAUCGAUGUCGUCUCACUCAAUGACAAGACGCUGCCCACAAAUCCCUCGGAUCGCGAUCGUCGCGCUCUGCAAACAAAGGUGGCCAACAAAAUCUCGACCAUACCGCCACCGCGACGCGGUCGCUAUGAGUUGCCGUACACACCGGCGAGCAGCAGUCCCGUUAAAUCGGAGGCCAAUUCCCGUUUCCCAUCGCCAUCGAGCACGCCGUAUCAAAAUUCUGGCGCCGCUGUGGCCACAGUUUAUUCACCGCUGCUCUUGCGCAACACCAGCAGCGGCAGCAGCAGCAGCAGCAGUAGCAGCAGUGCUGGCAGCGAUUGUGCAACGUCAACGAUGCUUUGGGAGGGCAGCAGCAGCAGCAGCAUCAACAACAAGAGCAGUCGCAAACGCUAUCAGGACACUUGUCGCAGCAGUGGUGCGUUCUCCAAGCAGUUGCAGGCAUCGAAAAAGAGCCGAGCAAAGUUGAGCAACAACAGCGUUUUGUCAACGGCGCAUCCAGGUGCGCAACUGAAGCAACAGCAACACACGUUGGGCGCCAACAGCAGCAGCAGCAGCAGUAGUGCAAGCAGCAACAGCGCAAGCAGCAGCAAUGUAAACUUCAGCGUGAUGAAGCGUCAGUUCAGUCUCGAUGAGGCCGACACCAUUGAGAAGCGUAAUCUGCACAACGACAUGGAACGUCAACGUCGCAUCGGACUUAAGAAUUUGUUCGAGGCACUGAAGAAGCAGAUACCCAAUAUUCGGGACAAGGAGCGUGCGCCCAAGGUGAACAUAUUGCGUGAGGCGGCAAAGCUGUGCGAACAGCUGACCAACGAGGAGCGUGAGUUGAGUCUCAAGCGUCAGUUGCUGAAGGCGCAACUGAAGCAGCGACAGGAGAAGAUUGCGCGUCUUCGCUUGAGUAUGAAUGCCGCCGAAUGAUGAUAGCGAUGAUCAUCAUCGAUAGACGUAAGUGUGGGUUAAACGGGUUAAGGAGGAGUUAAGUGAGAUGAUCAUAAGUUGAGAUGCGCAGAAGAAAGCGUACAUUUUUUAAGCAGCGGGGGGGCAAAGUGUGCGGAGUUGGCUUAUCGAAAGAGAGAAAGAGAAGCGCUUGCAAGCAAAAAAAAAAAAAAAAAAUGACCAUAAGAGAGAAUGCUACCCGAUAUAGAUAUAUAUAUAUAUAUAUAUAUAUAUAUAUAUACAGCAGAUAUAUGCAUAUAUAAAUAAUAAUAUUUUUUUUUUUCUUAUAAGUGUACUUUGACGUAGGCUCACAAGCAUUUUUUAUGAACUUCAAUAUCAGUUUUUAGUAUUAGCUAUUAGAGCGUACGAACGAUCAAUCGAACCAUGUCUCGAUGAUGAUUACCGAUUAACGAUUAACGAUUGUAAUAAUCUAUGAUGAUGAUGAUGCUGCAAGUUGAUGUCUAUGCAUCGGAUGCUAUAAACAAGAAUGCUAUGUGUACAUUUAUUAUAUAUAUCAUCGCUAUAUAUAUAUAUAUAUGUAUAUAUAUAUAUAUAUGAUUUUUAUCAUCUUAUGCGAUAUCGAUAUAUAUAUAUAUAUAUACUGCUUCUCUAGAUGAUAGUUGAAAAUAGUGAUUUAAAUUGGAUUUCUUUAAUGUGAUAUUUUUUGAUUUGAUUUUGAAGUAAGCAAAAUGCAAGUUGGAAGAAAAACUUUAACUAAAAACUUAGGCGGCGAUAAAACCGAUAAACCGAUAAACGAUAACGAAAUACGCAACUAGGUUUACAUGGAAUUGAAUAAUGGAAAAAAUGGAAAACGGAACGAGAAAACACACAAAACAAAAUGAAGUUCUCAGUUUUCUUACAUUUUAUUUGAUUUUUUUUUCUUUGCGAUUUACGAUUUACUAUUAUUAUUACUGUACAUAGAAACUAGGGAGUUUAAUAUUAGAUAGUUACUUAACCAUGAAGGGAAGGACAACAAAACCAAAAACCAAACAAGGAAACAGAAAAAAAGGGAAAACGGGAAUAAACGGAAAACAGACGAAAGAUGCAAAAUGAAAAAGAGCCACUAAAAAGUAGCAGCAGAAGAAAACAAAAAGUUGAUGAAGCUUGAGUGUGAAAGAAAAUUCAAUGUAUAAAGUUGACGGAAGUAGAAGAGAGAAAAGAUGUGUUAGAACGUAGCCAAGAAGUGAGCUACAAUUGAAGAAGAGAAACAAGAGAAAACAAAACAACAUGCAAAUGAAAGAAAAUGCACGCAAAAAAGAAAGAACUAAAAUUUAUACAAUUUUUUUUUUUUUUGUUUUAGUAAUUUAGUGUGACCAUCCUAUAUAUUUAUCGAUAUACGACGAUCCUUUUUAUAUAUAUAUAUAUAUUUACUAUUAGCUAUCUAGUUACUAUAUUUUUUUUGUCGCUCAUAUAUUUGAUAUAUACGAGUGAUCGAGUAUAUAUAUAGUCGAUGUACAUACUUAUAGCAUUUUGCACAAUGAAUACGCAAAAUUGUCUAUCGAUUUUUUUUCUGUUUUUCAUUACACACUUAUUCUUAUUGAUAAUCUAAUUCUAUAUAACAUUAGACGAUAUCGUCUCAAAAAAAGAAAAGAAAAGAGAAGGAAAACACACACACAAUACAAAAUACAAAGUGUUACAAAUUUGGCCGAUUCAUCGAUCGGUUUAGCUUUCUUAGGGCUUAUAAAGGAAACGCUUACACCAAUUUUACUGCCUAUAUAUUUUAGAUAUAUUAUUACUACAAGCGGCUUAUUCAAUUUCCCCCCCCACACACACACAACACUUCCCUCAGAUAAAAACUCCUAUUUACUAUAUUUUGUUUGUUGUUUGCGAGAAUUUUUUAUUAAAUUUUUUUGCAAACUUUAUUUUCGACAAAUUAUUUUGAUUUGUUUUCGGGAAAACUUUUUGAGUUUAUCCUUAAAAAAAAUUCUACAAAAUGCAUAUGAAAUGCAAAAACAAAAACCUAUUACAACGAUAUAAACAACAACAACAACAACAAAAAUGGGAGCUAUAGUUAUAGUUAAUAGAAAUGAAAAAAAAAGAGAAAAACUGAAAAAAAGGAAAAAAGGAAAACAAAAAUUUUGUUAGCUGCAAAUGCAAAAAGAAACAAAACUUUUUGUCAGCUGUUCAACUGUCGAUUUUUUGCUAAUAAGAGUUAUAUAUGAGAACCGAAACACAACGGAAUGAAAAGAAGAAGAACAUGAAAAUGAGAAAAGAAUUCGAAAAAGAAACUACAAAAAUGCUUAGAAGAAAGUUUUCAAACAUGAAGUGAAAAGAAAUAAGAGAACUUGAGAUAACGAAAACAAAACAAAACAAAAAUAAAAAAAACUGUUAUUUAGGUUUAGUUUGCUUUUUUUGAUAAUAACACGAUGAUAAUGAUGAUGAUGAUGAUAAUCGAUGACACUAACUAGGAAACUAUUAGCCAGCUAGUAAUACUAACUAAAACACUAACUAACUAUUACAAAUACAACUACUAUAUACAUAAAUAAUAUAUCUAUAUAUAGAGUUAUGCAUAUAUGAUAUGAUAUGAUACCCAAUUUAUAUGUAGCGACGUUUCAACGAAAUUUAGUGUGUAAUGGCUUUAUUUUUUUAAAACCAACUUCAUGAUUCUAUAUAUAAUCGAUGGGGAAAAAUAUUUGAAACUAAAAGAGAGAGAAAAUAAAAUUGCUGGGUCAAUUUUUCUGAACGCUUGCAAACGCAUGUAAAUAUUGAACGAAACGAAACGAGAAAUGUUGAAAAUAUUGGGGAAAAAUACUGAAAUAUUAAUUCUGAGCCACUCCCACUUCCGCCCCCAUAUAUAAUAUUUUUUUUUUUUAUAUAUAUUUUAUAACAUUAUAAAGAAAAAUAAUUCAUAUAUUUACAUAUAAAUAUCUACACUAUUUAAAGCGAUAUUAAAAAAAAAAAAAAAAAAAAAAAAAUCGAGAAAAAAAAGAAAACAAAUUGUUAUAUGUAAAAUGCUAAUCAGCUGUUUAAGCAAUUUAUUGAAAGAAUUACAAAAACAACAACACUAAAAAACAUUUUUACACGCAAACAAAAACAAAAAAUAUAAUUUAUAUUACUAAAAAAAAAAUAAAGUAAUAAAAGUCUAUUAUUUUUUUGUUGUUUAAAAAAAGAAACACUGUAAAUAGAAAUCUCGUUAAAUACUAGUUACAAAAAAAAGAAAAAACAAAAAAACAAAAACAAACAAUAUUUUCUUAUCAAACAAUAGAGAAUAGAGAAAUAGAUCCAAUAAAACCGGUAAACACAAAACACAAAAAAAAAAACAGAAAAAUGCGCCACAUAUAGCAAUAGACUUAAGCGAAAGAAGAAAAAAAACGGAAUAUUGUAAAGAUUUUUUUUUCGAUAAAUAAACACACACACACACACACACCCAUACAACUGCAUAUUGAAUUGUAAGCUCACACACAAACACACACACAUACACACAUACGAAUGCACCUAGUUUCCUAUAGUACAUAACAUGAAAGAAAAUACAACAGCAACAACAAAUACAACAACUACAAUUUGAAAACCGUACAAAUUUAUCAGCAACAACAAUAACCAUAACAACAACAACAACAACAAAAAGCAAUUUAAUUUAUUGUUUGUUAACAAAAAAAGAAAAUACCACAAAAAACAAAACCCAAAAAAAAAAAAAUGAAAAUAAUGUAAACUUAUGCAUUUUAUUAUAAAUCUUUUUUUUAUAAUAUUAAUACUAUUUGGUUUAUCAUACUUUUUAUUUAAUUUUUUACGUUUUUUUGCAACCAAGUGAAAACACAACAACAACAACAACAACAAAACAAGAUAAACAACAACAACAACUACAACCAAAACCUCCAAAUCCUCGCAAAUAAAAAAAAAAACAAAACAAAAGAAAACAAAAAACCAUUAUGCUUAUGUUUAUAGAUUUUUAAUUUACAAUUUUUUAUACACAUAGUAUAUACAAAUAUAUAUAUAUACAUAUUUAAAAUCGGAGCUAACGCUCCGCAUAGUUGUUGAAGUAACUGCAAAAAAAACCAAUGAAAUCAAAAAAAAAACCACACAAAAAAAUCGCAAAAGAAAAAAAAAUCCUGAAAAAACACAAAAAAUCUUUUUUUUCUGGAAUUUGUUUAAAAUAUUUUUUUUUUUAUUUUUUGAUUAAAUUUUUUUCGAUUUGGCAAAAACAACAAAAAAAAAAAAAAAAACUAUGUUAUAUUUUUUCAUGAAACGCAAAAACACUAAAUAAUACUAUAUAUUAUAUACAUCUAUAUAUAUAUAUAAAUAUUCUUAAACAAAAAAAAAACUUAUAAAUAUGUCUUAUAUCUAAUCAUUUUAACUCGUUAUUUAGU